AUGGACUCACUUCGUACCUCAAAGCGUCAUGUUGUGUGUGUACCAUUCCGAGCUCAGGGCCAUGUAAAUCCCUUUAUGCAAUUUGCCAAACUCCUCCAUUGCUUGGGUUUCCACACAACCUUUGUGAACACUGAGUUCAACCGUUUUGUUAGGUUCCAUGGAGCAGACUUUGUUAAGGGUCUCCCAGAUUUCGUAUUUGAGACGAUACCCGAUGGAUUGCCACCUUCGGAUAAGGACGCAACUCAGGAUGUUCCAUCACUAGUUGCAAAGGAUUUUGGCGUACCAGAUGUUCAACUUUGGACAGCCUCAGCAUGUGGUUUUCUUGGCUAUUUGCAAUUUGAUGAUCUGGUCAAAAGAGACAUCCUUCCAUUCAAAGGCACGAUUUUUUUUCUUUUUUUGUCUUUGCCAGUUUUUGUUAGUGCCUAUGUUUAA